AUGAGUAAAGAAGUAGAAGUGAAGGUAGAGGUAAACACAGAACUAGAAGAGAAACAACAUCAAAAAUGGAUGCAGUGUGAAACUUUAUUAGAAGAGACGAUUGAACAAUUGAAUGAUGCAAAUAUCGAUGAACUGUUUCAAACGAUGGUUGAUCAAGUAAAUGUUAUAUGGACGCAGAAUUUGUUGAUUAGAUUUAUACUUUGUUAUAAAAGUCAAUUUGGGUUAUCAUCAAAUUUAAUAUGUGGGUUGGCUAAGAGAUUAGGGUACUUUUUAGAGGAUUUUAAUCUUAAUCUAACGAAACAAAUAAUAUUUACUUUUAUUGAAUGUUUCCAAAAUAAUCAUUUGAUAGAGACUUUGGAAAUUCUACCCUUGAUUGCAGAUUUAUACAAUUAUGAUAUAUGUUCAGAAUUACUCAUUUUACAAGUCUUACAGGUAUUGACUAAGAAAAAUAUAAAAGAAAAUAUGCAAAAUGAUGAUGGUAAUAAUAAUAAUAAUAAUAAAUUGAGUAUAAUGGGUAUAAUUCGAGUUAUAGGAUUAUGUGGUAAAAAAUUGAAUGAAAAGAAUCAAAGGAUUCAUGAUACUAUCUUUGAGAAAUUGGUACAAUCCUCUAGUAUUAUAAAUCAAGAUACUAAAAUUUCAAAGGAGUUUAAAUAUUUAUUGAAAUUGAAAAAUGAUGGCUAUAUUGAUGUUUGUGAUCCUUUAUUACCUAAAUAUAAUCUUGGAAUGUUGCCUUGUUUGCCUGAACCUAUUAAUUUCAUUAUAAGUAAAGAGUUAAGAGAACCAGAUGACACUUUUGGUGAGUUUGUAUAUAAUGAUAACUUGGAAGAAGUCGAUCAGCAAUGGGGUGUUAUAAAAAAUAUAAUAAAUGAUCCAAAGUUCAGUCAAAUUGAAGAAGUGGUUGAAGAGGAAGUUCAAGAUAGUCAUACUGACUUAGCUUCAAAUGAAAAUGCACAGACUGAUCACAAUGAGAAGAAAGUAGUAGAUAUGACUAACUCGGUUGAUAUACAGUUUAAGAAGGAGAUAUAUCUUAUUUUAAAGAGUUCAUUGUCAGGUGAUGAAGCAGCACACAAAAUAUUGAAACGUAGAACACCAGAUGAUUUAAAAUUUAAUAUUGUAGAUAUUAUUAUUAAAACAAGUAUUCAAGAAGCUACAUACUCUAAAUUUUAUGGUAUUAUAGCAGAAAGAUUGUUGAACAGUCACAAGGCUUGGAAACCUGCAUUUUAUAGGAUCUUUAAAGAAAAUUUUCAGCAAUUAGAUACAUUUCAACCUGAACAAUUAAGGAUUAUUGGUAAAUUUUGGGGUCAUUUAUUUGCUACUGAUUAUAUUGGAUUUGAGUUGUUUGAAAUAGUCAAAAUUAAUUCUAUUGAAAGUACUGCACCAAGCAGAAUCUUUAUUAAAUUUGUGUUCCAAGAAUUGGUGGCUGAUUUAGCUAUUGAUGAAUUGAAAGAGAGACUAAAUGAGGAUUAUAUUCAGCCUUUUAUUACUGGGAUGUUUCCCAAUGAUGACAUGGACAACAUACGGUAUUCGAUAAAUUAUUUCACUGCUAUUGGAUUGGGUAUAUUAACUGACAAGAUGCGUACUAGAUUAGAAGAAUUGGAAAAUGAGGAAAUGGAAAGGCAGCACCAGCAGCAAGAAAAUGAGGAGGAAGGGUACAAAGAAGUACAUGAAGAAGAAAAAGAAGACAGGAGAAGUAGAUUCAAUAGAUUUUCUUCAAGAGCAAGAAAUCAAAGAAGAUCGGUAACUCCGCCAAGACAUAGAAGAAAUAAUCUUAGAGAAAGGUCGGUAACACCACCUAGAGAAAGGCAAUGGCAACGAUCAUUGUCACCUUCGCCAAGGAGAAGAAGAUAUACCGAGAUUCCUGCAACGAAUAAAAGAAAUUCUAGAUUUCAGCGUAAAUAUCGAGACAACUCUUUAAAUAAUGGCUAUAGAAAUUCACCUCAAGGUAGACAAAGAGGACCAAUCAAUAGACAAAGUCGAUAUAAUAAUUAG